AUGAAGUUCAUCCUAUCUUCAAUCUUGGCCGGUCUUGCCACUGCUGGCCUUGCAGCCGCCCAGGCCGGCACAGACUGGAACAUCACCAACGUGCCGUCGUCCGGUCUCAACGACCUCACCUUCCCCUUCGCAUUCGCCAUGGCCUCGCACGAGUCGGGCUACUACUAUGCCAACCAGAUCUCCAUCAUUGACAGCCCGGACAUCAUCUACGGCGGCUUCCAACCUCGCCCAGACAAUUCGUCGGGAAAGGCUGUCAUCCAUGGCGUCUUCUCCAGCUUCAUCAAUGGCACCACGAGCAGCGACGACAACUGCAGCGGCGGGGCCGACGGUGGAGCGGGUGUUAGCUGCGCCUACGAGUUUGAGGUCUCCUCCUACGAUGGUACCUGGAACCUCGUCGUCACAAGGGAAGACUCCACGUCGACCGUCUGGUCUGGUGCGGCUGUUCACGCCGAGACGGGCGACAGCUACCACAUCGGUACCUUCACGCUGCCCUCGGGAACAGGUGGCCUCAGCUACGCCCAGUUUGGGUUUGUCGAGUACUACCCCUGGAACGGGAACGCAAACUGGACGUGCAAAGACAACAUCCCUUACACGGAGGUCACCUUCUACCCGCCUACUACAGAGAGUGCUACUGGCGGUAGGCAGACGGGGGCCGUCUAUGGUUUCAUCAAGGACUCGUGCAAGGGGUAUGGGGAGGCCACUACUGCGUCGGAUGGCUCGGUCACUUUUACGAUCAAGGAUUAA